CACUCAUGCGGUUUACUCUUUUAUCCAUUAUAUAUGGUUAAUUUGAUCCCAGCCAAUCACGGUUUAGCUGUUCACGCAUCUCACUCCUUGAGGUUUAGUUAUAAAAGAACUUUGGUGAGAUCGCUUAGUGAGGGUGACCAUCUGAAGAGUGGUUCCCAACUUUUCUACAACAGUUUUGUGUGCGUUCAGAUACUAUCUUCUCUCUACUCCUUAUCUCCUGUCCUCGUAGCGCCAUGUCGAACGAUGAGCGGACGUUCAUUGCCAUCAAGCCAGAUGGAGUUCAGAGGAGGCUUGUUGGCGAAAUCAUCAAGCGAUUUGAGCUAAAGGGCUUCAAAAUGGUGGGGAUGAAAUUUGUCCAGGCCCCGGAGUCUCUGCUGAGGGAGCACUACGCUGACCUGGAGGACAGACCCUUCUUCCCAGGCCUCGUCAGCUACAUGACCUCAGGACCAGUGGUUGCCAUGGUGUGGGAAGGGUUCAACGUGGUGAAGACAGGCAGAGUGAUGCUGGGAGAGACCAACCCUGCAGACUCCAAACCCGGCACCAUCCGAGGGGACUACUGCAUCCAAGUGGGCAGGAACAUCAUCCAUGGCAGUGACUCAAUAGAGAGUGCCAACACAGAGAUCAACCUGUGGUUCAAACCUGAGGAGCUUUGCAGCUACACUAGCUGCUCUACCAGCUGGCUCUACUGAUCUAGGACCCUAACCCUAACCAGUAGGACUAGGAGGGGAAAUGUAAAACUGGCCUUAGAUCAGAGACAACUUCAUCCUACUCUAGCUGGCGACUGAGGACCAUUUACUAUGGUAAAUGUGUUAGACUGCCUGUUUUGUUCAACUGAGCUUUCCAAUAAAAAACUCACAACCCCA